AUGAAACAAACAAACCGAUUUCAAAUGCGUAUGAAUUCAAUUCGACAAAAAACGAAUUUACAAUGGAAACAAUUUGCAAAUAUUUAUUCAAGAUUUCUAAUACGUUUUUCAUGGUCAAUACUUGCGAUUAGUUCAUUUAUUACUAUUGCACUAACUGUUUGUUUUCUAUUAUUUAUGCGAAUACGUCCAUUUGAUCAAAAUGAUUUUCUAAUGCCUAAUGGUCCAGCAAUGAGAAAUGCCUUUCAAUUAAGACGAAUUUUUGGAAAUGAUACUGAAUUACGUAUGCAUCAACAAUUAAAUCUUAAUCCAGGAUUAGAUAUUAUUAUGAAAAGAAAAAUAAAUACAACUGAAAAAGAUUCUAAUCAAACAAAUAUGCUUAGUCAUGAAAUUAUGGAUGAGAUUCGAUUAUUAGAUCAACAACUUCAAUAUAUUCGAAUUCCUUAUGAAAAAGAUUCUCUUGAAUAUACUUAUCCAUUAUUAUGUACAAAAAUGAAUCAUGCAUGUGCAAUUGAUGGAAAUUAUAUUUUAACUGACGAAUUUCGUGAAAAAAUAUCACAUUUAGCUCCUCCUGAAAAUGGAUAUUAUGUUCAUUUACCAUCAGGUGCUAAUGGUAUACCAGCAUUUAUGUUUGGUAAAGAUUAUAAUCUGACGAAUCGUAAACCAAUUACUGAUGAUUAUGAUGAAGAUGAAGAUGAACAAGAAAAUGAUAAACAUACUACAGCAAAAAUAAAUAUCGAACAGCCUUUAGAAAAAAUUAUUUCUUAUGUACCUGUUUUACGUCUUCGUUAUACGUUAAAUACCUCAACACCGGAUAUGUAUCAAUUAGCAAUUCGUUGGGAACGUGAAGCAUUACGGUUUCUUAAUGAAGAAUAUAAAUCGAUGUUAAUUGAUAUAUUACCAUCAACAUCAACAGCUAUAAAAGAUACUAUUAUGAAAAAAGCACAUGAUGAAGGAUUAUAUAUGAGCUUAGUGAUCGUCAUAUUCUUUAUUCUUGUUUGUUUCUUUCUAAGUAUUCAAGGCAAUACUCAUACAUCAGUUGGUUAUUUACCUAUUUGUGGAUUAUUCAGUAUUGCGCUUUCAACUGGCGCUACAUUUGGUAUAUUAUCACUAUUUCGUAUUCAAAUUAUUGAGCCAAUGGCUUUACUGGUCUUUAUUAUAGCUAUCAUUGAUUGUAUGCGUUUUUCAAUUGUAUGUGGUGAAUAUCAUCGAAUAAUUAAAGAACAAUUAACUACAAUAACUGAUGUCUCAUCUGAAAUUGAUAUUGAAAAAAUUCUUUCAUCAAUUAUUGAAACAACUCAUCCAUAUUUUAUGAUAUCAACAUUAAUUAUAUCAAUUGUUUAUGUAAUAUUUUCAACUCUUUCACCAAUGUUAACAACAACACUUAUUUCUUUAACAUUAGUAUUAUAUAUAUUAAUGAAUUAUUUAGUACAUGCAACAUUUUUUUCAUCAUGUCUUGUUAUAACAUUAAAACGUAUUUCAACACGUCGUCAUUCAUUAUUUUGUUUUCCUUUAUCAAACGAUUAUUAUACAAAUAGAACGAAAAAAUCAAAUAAAUUUAAUUUAUUAAAAAAUAAAAUUUAUUCAAUAUUAAAUAAUAAUUCAAUUAUGAAAACAUUUCUUUCUGCUAUUUUAUGUUUAAUAUUUAUUGUAUUUCUUAUAUCAAGUAUUUGGUUUGGACUUUCAGUUGAUACACGUUUAUUUGAUGAUGAAUUUCUUCCACGUGAUGCAUAUUCAUUACGAGCACAUAUGCAAUCACAAGUCGAUGAUUAUGAUAUUGGUCCUGUUACUAUGUUUACAAUAUCUGAAUCAAUUAAUUAUGAAAAUGAACAAACUAAAUCAGCUAUGAAUACUUUAAUUCAACAAUGUCAAAAUGAAACAAGAGCAAAUAAUUUUAAAUUAUUAUGGUUAGAUCAUGAAAAUAUUACUGUUAUAAAAACAGGAAAAGAACCAUUAGAAUUUCGUAUAACACCAUUUUCACAUAAUGAUUUAGUUGUAUCCGAUGGACAUAAUCAUUCAACAAUAAUAGCAUCAAGAUUCUACUGCCAAACCACAUCUAUUAAAGGUGAUCGUGAAGAUAUUCGAACAAUGGAAAAUAUGUAUACUUAUGCAAAUGAAAGUCCUUUACCUGAUGUAUUUCCAUACAGUAUGCUCUAUGCAUCUUAUGAAUCUUUAGAACAAAUACGUGUUGAAAUAUAUCUAUUAAUACUUUUAUUAAUCAUAUGUAGUUUUAUUAGUACAUUGAUUCCAUUUAUUUCAUUGAAAAAUAGUCUUCUCAUUAUAUCUCAUUUACUUGCAUUAUUAACAGGUACAUUAACUUGUUUAUAUUUAUUUCAUAAUUUAACAGUUAAUUUUGCCAAUGGACUUUGGUUAUAUAUUAUAUCAAUUCUAUUUCUUGAUACUUUAAUUCAUACAUGUUAUAAUAGAUUAAGUUCGAAAUGGAACUAUAAUCGUAUAAUAUUUUCAUUAAUGAUUUCUUUACUGGUUUUGUAUUGUUAUCCUAUACAAUCAUAUGUUUUUCGUAUCAUACGUAAUUCAUUAAUGUAUCAAUCAAUUAUAUGUUUAAUAUUAAUUAAUUUCAUUCUUCCAUCAUGUUGUUAUUUAUUUCGAUCAAUUAAUAAAAAUGAUGAACAAAUAAAUAAAGUUCAAAUACCAAUAGUAACAAUUAUUGAUGGAAGUCAAAUAUUAACAAAUGGAACAGAAAUUAAAACUAGUACUUACGAAAUAAGUACAAGUAUUAACAGUUCAAUUUAA